AUGAAAGAAUCGAAAAUCUACUCAAUAAAUGAAGUUAACAAGCACAAUACAGAAGAAGACUGUUGGGUCGUAAUUAAUGAUAACGUUUAUGAUGUCACUUCAUUGCUUGAAAAGCAUCCCGGUGGUACUGAUUCCAUUAUGGAAGUCGCAGGUACGUUUGCAACGAAGGGAUUCAAUGCUGUUCCCCAUUCAGAAGGUGCACGACAUUGGAUGAAUAAAUUCUACAUUGGGGAGAUUGCGGAGGCUUGUUUAUAUAUUAUGAAAUAA